AUGGAAGCUAAGCAGCCACCACCAAAGCCAAAGAUCCUUUAUGCGGUGCCCCCGCGCGAGGGACACAUGCGGCCGGCCCUGCAAAUCAGCGCCCACUUGAUCGAGCGCGGAUACAAUGUCACGAUGCUCGGGACGGAUCGCUGGCGGGAUGCCAUCGAGGCCGUCGGUGCCAUUUACAGCCCCUGCAUUGGCCUGUGGGCUAUCGCGCUCGACGACCCGUCCUGGUGGCCUACCAUCGUGUCGGCGCCGACUUCGGCCGCGAGGAACGCCGCAUCGCUGGAUGAGGGCUUCACCACGCUGCUUCCCAGCGGGUUCCAGUCUGUAUGUACGGCGCUCACCGGCAUCAUGGGGAGAGACUGGGCAACGGAAAGGAUUGUAGUCCUUUCGGACACUUGCUUCUCGGGGACCUUGCCACUCAAGCUCAAGACGCACCUCCCGCCGGCAUGUGGGCUGGAAAAGGUCAAGAUCAAGACGAUCGGUAUCGGAGUGGUUCCUGUGUAUUGGGCAGCGCCUGAGCGACCACCGUGGGGAUCGGGUCUUCCUUACGACGACAGCGAAGAGGGCAAAACCCGAACGCUGCAGGCUCACAAGGAUGCAUGGGACCAGGCAGCGGAGGACAGGGCACGUAAAUGUCUCACCAUGAUGGCGUGCGCAGAGAAGGUGGACACGCUCCUGGAGCCGUUCGACGACCCUGCAACAGGGCUGAGGCAUCCAUUCUGGGACGCAUCGACUGUAUGCCACGACGUGACGUUGCAGAUGGGACUUCGCGGGCUCGAGUUCCCCACGCCCUCGUGGCCUGCACACCUCAAGUUCGCGGGCCCGCUGCCGCCCAAGGCACUACCGAGCGGGCUCAAGUACCCGGCGUGGUGGGACGAGGUCGUGUUCCAAAACAGCGCGGCCUACUCAAUCGGCCACGAGGACGGGCGCAAGAAAGUCGUCUUUGUGGCGCAGGGAACCGAGGUGCUGGACCACAACGAGCUGAUCGUGCCGACGGUGCAGGCGCUGUCGGGACGCGACGACGUCGUGGUGAUUGUGGUGCUGUGCGUCAAGGGCGCGACGCUGGACGCGGGCGCCUUUGCCGACCAGAAGCUGCCGGCAAACUGUCGCGUGCUCGACUAUUUCCCCUACGACGCCAUCCUCCCGCACGCCGAUGUUUUCCUGUCGAGCAGCGGAUACGGCGGAUUGACGCACGCGGUGGCGCACGCGGUGCCGCUGGUGCAGACCGGUCGAUUUUUUGACAAGCCCGACAUUGGAAGACGCGUCGAGUGGUCUGGGAUGGGUGUUUAUCUGGCAGACCCGACGGGGGCGGCGCCGCCAAGCGCGGUUGAGGUCGGAGAAGCCGUGGACAAGGUGUUGGCGGACCCGAGGUUCAGGCGGCGUGCUGGGGAAUUGCGGGACGAAGCGCUCAGGUCAGAUCCAUUGGCUUCAGUGGAGAGCGAGAUUGCGGGAUUGAGCUGGAAUUGA